AUGGGAAUCGCCCAGCCCUCCUUCCUCGGCGUCCUCGCCAGACCAAACAAGGGCGGCGCGUCGCCUCCAUUUGCACCCACGUACGUAUGCACGUCCACCGGCGAUCAACUUGUAUGGGAUCCCCCUCCUCCUCUACAAAUACGCGCCGCCCGGGGCGAGGGGAAUCAAGCCAAGCACCUGCACCACGCUAGCAAGCUACCUCCUCUCUCCUUUUCUUUUCUUCCUGCAGGUGCAGGAAGAAAAGAAAGAACGCGCAGUCGUCGCACGUCUUCGGAGAUGCUGCGCACUGGCGCGACGCGGCCGCGCUGCGCGUUGUGCGGACCGGGGGCGGACGUGCACUGCCAUGCCGACGCAGCAUUCCUCUGCGCGACGUGCCAUGCCCAGGCGCACUGCACCAGCUCCUUCGCGUUCCGCCACCGCCUCACGUGUGUCCCGCCCGAGCCCAACCACGCCCGCGCGGAGGUUCUGGCCAGGGCGAUGGACCUGGACCCCUGGGUAACGCGCCUACGUCCCGCCGCAGCCGGCUGCACGCAUGUGCCGCCGCCCAACGACGUCUGCACGGAGGUUACUGCCAGGGCGAUGGGCCUCGACCCUGGGCUCCAGCUUUUGGCCAGGCGGGUAGGCCUGGACGCGAGGGCUGCGCGCCUGCGUGCCGCCGCAGCCUUCAGCACGCUCCGGGUCGAGUUCGCCGCCGCGCCGCGCAUGCCACUACGCGUCGCGAUGGCUGCCGCGCUGUGGAGGGAGGUGGCGGCUCACGGCGGCGUCCACGAGCCCGGCCACGCGCUCCAGCGCCUGGCAACCUGGGCACACGUGCCAACAAGUUUCCUUGUGGCGGUGGCAGCGGCAACCGGGCGAGCGCGUGAAGUAAGGACGGCCGCAGUGGACGUUGAGGAGGAAUCGGUGGACUACGCGAUCAGGAGCCCACGCAGGAUACCACAGGAGCUUUCCUUAUUCGUGUAG